CAGGCAGAAUCGGCUUUCCCAUCCCGCUUUGCAUCCCGCUCUUGGCGCCCUUCGCGAGAACGUCACUCAUUCUUUCAAUUUAUUUUAAGGCAAAUUUCAAUUUCUCGUGCUUCGAGUCUCAUUACUCAGAGAUUUAGCCACCAAAAAACCCGCUAAUUCUGCGUGCAUGAGAGCAAAUUAAACUGUCAGGUUUCUCGGCUUGACACUUUUGCGAAUUGAGCCAUGAAAGUGACAACCCCCGAGAUUUCAUGGCACAACAAAGAGCCCGUCCACAGUGUGGACAUUCAGAAAAAGGUAGUCAAGACGACUGAAACCGAAACUGUCUACAGAAUUGCCACAGGAGGAGGCGAUUGUCACGUCGUGAUCUGGCAUGCUUAUGUUGGCGAAGAAGUGAGAAUCGAGUUUGCCUCGGACCUUAACAGGCACCAGAAAACAGUGAAUGUUGUCAAGUUCUCGCCCUCAGGAGAAUAUUUGGCGUCAGGAGAUGAUGAUGGCUCAAUUAUUAUUUGGAGGCAAAAAGCUGGCAACGAAGAGCAAGCCAAUCUGUUUGAUGAAACAUCUGAGGAAAGCAUUGAGCACUGGACAGCUCUGAAAGUUCUCAGGGGACAUUUGGAAGACGUCUACGAUUUGAACUGGUCUCCCGACUCCAAAGGACUUGCCUCUGGCUCUGUGGACAACUCUGUAAUUCUAUGGAAUGUGGAGGCUGCACGCAAAAUCGCUGUGCUCAAGGACCACAAGGGUCUUGUCCAAGGAGUGUCGUGGUGCCCUUCAGACAAGAUGAUUGCCUCUGUCUGCACAGACAGAAUUUGUCGCAUUUUCUCGACAAAAAAUUACAGAGUGAUUGCCAGAAUCCACCAAGCGCCUCUCAAUACCAAGCUGACUAACGAGGACGGCACACCUCAACAGUUCCGUCUUUUUCAUGAUGACACUCUCGGAACUUUCUACAGACGGCUGAGCUUUUCUCCAGACGGAGAACUGUUGAUUGUACCUGCUGGAAUUAUUUGCCCAAGAGAGCAGCGCAAAAAGCAGCACUAUCCAAACGCAACUUUUGUCUUCUCCACCAAAAAUCUGAAACAGCCCGUCAUGUACCUGCCGACAGGAGAUAGGUUUACAGUUGCUGUCAGUUUCUGCCCUGUGUUCUUUGAACUUAUUCCUGGGUCAGACCCUGUGGUUCCGUUGCCUUACCGCCUUGUCUGGGCAGUUGCUACUCAAAACUCUGUCCUGCUGUAUGACUCACAACACAGUACACCCCUUGCUUUCAUUAGUCACAUCCACUACACAAGACUGAGUGACAUCAGUUGGUCGCCAGACGGAAACCUGCUUGUCGUUGCUUCCUCCGAUGGCUAUUGCUCUUGCAUCAAUUUUUCCCCUGGCGAACUUGGAACGCCUGUUCCUGACCAGCAGAAAUACAUACCGCAAGUGAAAGAGGUGAAGAAAGGCAAGGGUAAGAGGAAAAACAAUGUCACUCCGGCUCAACCUAAAGAGCAAACCAGCGAGCCAGUUGUAGAGGAUGUAGUUAUGAAGACAGCAGAUACAGAGGAGGAAGAAAUAAAACUUGUCCUCGAAGAAACCCAGGAUGUGAUGAUGGAGACAAAAUGAGAGAAUUAUAUUACUAAAAAUGUUUGCAUUUUACAAAACAUAAUAAACUCAGCGUUGUCACGGAGUUGCAAAAAAU